AUGGCUCCGAUUCCUAUGAGAGACCUUUGCUGGGUACCCAUUCGACUCAGCAAUGGGAUUCGGAGCACAAUUGAUCAAGAAGCCAAGACGUCGAUGAUUAUGCUCGUUUGUAAAGAUGGAUGUUCACGAAGUGGAAUUUUCUGUCUUCUCGAUAUUGAAACAGAGCGCUAUCAUACCAAAGGGAGGAUCAAGCUGGGAGAAACAAUCAAAACCAUACGAUAUCAAAGGAGCAACUGCUUCGACUCACCCGAACUUUUUGAAGCUGCUUUCAAUGUUAUCACCGAAUUUGCGAAAAUGGCUCUCGAUAAUGCCAAUGCCAAAAAUAUGAAGUAG